CAACACAGACAAGGAUGUACGUUGUUAACCUAUUUGUCGCUGUUUUCAUCUUGCCGACGAUUAUUGCUGCCUUUGAUGAAUGUACGUCUAAAGGACAGUGCACAGCCCUUGAUGGUGUUACCUGUGUGGCACAGGGGGACCAACGCUUAGAGAAAUGUAAUACGUACACAUGCAAGAAGAGUUACAAUGUUUUGAAAUACAAGGUCGUCAAAAAACUGCUAAAAUGUAAACGGCCUGACGGGACAUGCAUGGAGAUGGGUGUCGGAGAGAAGGACGAAACUAAAUGCACUACAGAGAGCUGUCGGCGGGCGAAAAACAGUGAUGGAACGUUUACAAUGACCUAUCGUGAAAAGUCAUUCGGUUGUCCAAUGAAGGAUGGUUCAUGUUUACUAUUUGGUAAGCGAAACCAAAUAAGAAACGAGGACAAGUGUCUAUACACAACGUGUACGAGAAAUAAAAACAAAAAGGGACAGUACAUUAGCAGGUUAAAGAACAAGUACUAUGGAUGUCCUAAUGAAGGAGUAUGUGAAGAUGCUGAAGCAACGAAAACCGUCAGUUGCACCACAUAUAUGUGUGUCCUUUCGAAAAGGCGCACCGUGAUGAAAUGGGACAUACUUAAGACAGGUUGUAAGACGGACGAAGGUUGUAAGUACGAUACGGACGAAUGGCCGGAUCUGGACGCGUCUUCCUGUGUUACCAGACGCUGUGACGUGACCUUAAAUACGAUGGACGGGACAUACAGCAGCGUCAACAGUGUGGCAAGGCAUGGGUGCCGUGCUUCAAACGGCACGUGCUACUAUAAUGGUGAGACGUGGUCGGAGGAGGACUGUUACACUAGGCGCUGUGACGUCAGUAUUACAGACAAAGGUGAAUCAAUGGCGGCACGUAACAUUGAAAGUGGCAUUUGCAAGGACGCUGAUGGGUCUUGUAAGGGUUACGGGGAGGCCAUGAAGUACCAGUCAGGUGCCGCCACGUUUGACUGCGUUUGUGAUGAAACCAAAUCUACACAGGGUUACCCACAAGGAAGACCGGUGUGCACCAGUCCGUAAUGUGUAUUGUUAGGUACCGCCUCGCUUGACUGCGUUUGUGAUGAAGCCAUAUCUACACAGGGUUACUAACAAGGAAGACCAAUGCGCUAUUGUCCGUAAUAGGAAUUCAUAGUUAACUGUCAUAUUAUCAUUACACGCGUUAUAUGAUAUGUAAGUUAUCGAGAUCCCCACGAAUUACACAAAUACAUCUUUACCAACCUGUUGACUUAUUUGUUUGUUUUAGAGCAUGGUAUAUGUUCGCUUCAAUUUAGUAGUUCAGUAACCAGCAGACGAAUCGUAAUUUAGUUGAUGGUGCUGUCGUUUAUGCUUUGUAGACUUUGAACUGUGUU